AUGGUCGUUUCAGACAAUGGCCCGGCCUUUACUAGUGCAGAAUUUAAAGAUUUCAUGGAGAAAAAUGGAAUUAGACAUUUAACUACUGCCCCGUACCACGCUGCUUCAAAUGGCCUCGCAGAGCGUGCAGUCCAGACAAUAAAGCACGGACUAGCCAGACAGACAGAAGCGGACUUGGCCACCAAGUUGUCACGCUUUCUGUUCAGCUAUCGCAUAACACCAAACGACUCAACGGGUGCUUCGCCUGCAGAAUUGAUGUUCAAGCGGCAGUUGCGCACACGACUCGACCUGCUUAAUCCAUCAACGCAGGAUAGGGUCAUUGCAAAACAAACGAAGAUGAAAGAACGAUAUGAUGUGAGCACCCGACCACGAGUCGUCUCGCCCAACGAAAAUGUCUACACGCGACUGGAACACGAAACGAACUGGUGUCCAGCGGUAGUUCGAAAAAGCGAGGGUCAAAUAGUGGAAUUAGAGUUAGAAGGUGGGAGAAUUGUGCGUCGACAUCUGGACCAAGUUCGCAGCCGAACGGACACAGUAAGUGGAGAAUUCGGAGAGUUAGAACUGCCAGCAACCCUUGAUAGGGAUCCUGACAUCCCGAGGACUGAGCCCCUACUUCCUGCACAGGGCACUACGCCAUCCACCGAGGCUUAUGUUCCACCUCCUUCUACCCCGGCCAGCACUAGCUUAGGGGCAGAGGAGCCAGUGACUGCACAAAGCGGCGCAGAGGUAGAAAAUACCGCCCUGAGAAGAUCGACCCGAAACCGCAAACCUGUCCAACGCUUUCAGGACGAAUCUUAUUAG